UGAACGAUUAAGUGAAUCGGUGCCGUUAGAAAAUUGUAAGCAAUCGUAUCGGAACUCUUUACCAGUGCGUAUCGUUGUACAAGUGCGUGGCGAAAAUCGCGAAACCCCGUGAAACCAUGACGAACACGCCGGAAAAAGAAUUGGAGCGCUUGGACCUGGGAGAUUUGUUUGUCUGUCUACCGUUGAAUAUGGCCGAUUCGUGCGAUUCGGACAGUGUGACCGUGGUUGAGGGAGGCGAACCUCGCGAAGGUGCUGAGCAAUCCGGUGAACGUGAUCGAGUUGAGGAGAAUAUGGGACUCGCUGGCGAUGGUGUGGAGGUCUUCGGACCUGAUGGUGGGGGACAUGGCGAUUCCGGCCCGGAAGAUUGCUUGGACUGUGAGGGGCCUCCGUUCUAUGUGGAGGAAUCGUGCGAUCUGGACAAUGAGGGUCAGGCUGAGGGAGACGAACCUCGCGAAGAUGGUGAGCAAUCCGGUGAACGUGAUCGAGCUGAGGAGAAUAUGGGACUCGCUGGCGAUGGUGUGGAGGACUUCGGACCUGAUGGUGGGGGACAUGGCGAUUCCGGCCCGGAAGAUUGCUCGGACUGUGAGGGGCCUCUGUUCUAUUUGGAGGAAUCGUACGAUUCGGACAGUGUGACCGUGGUUGAGGGAGGCGAACCUCGCGAAGAUGGUGAGCAAUCCGGUGAACGUGAUCGAGUUGAGGAGAAUAUGGGACUCGCUGGCGAUGGUGUGGAGGUCUUCGGACCUGAUGAUGAUCCGUGUGAAGGGCCUGGCGAUGCCGGCCCGGGAUAUUGCUCGGACUGUGAGGGGCCUCCGUUCUAUGUGGAGGAGCCGUGGGAUUGGGACAAUGAGGGUCAGGCGGAGGGAGGCGAACCUCGCGAAGAUGCUGAGCAAUCCGGUGAACGUGAUCGAGUUGAGGAGAAUAUGGGACUCGCUGGCGAUGGUGUGGAGGACUUCGGACCUGAUGGUGAGGGGCAUGACGAUUCCGGCCCGGAAGAUUGCUCGGACUGUGAGGGGCCUCCGUUCUAUGUGGAGGAGCCGUGGGAUUGGGACAAUGAGGGUCAGGCGGAGGGAGGCGGACCUCGCGAAAAUGGUGAGCAAUCUGGUGAACGUGAUGGUGUGCAGCUCUUCGGACCUGAUGGUGCUCAGUGUGAGUGUAAGCAGAACGCAUACCACCCGGACAAGUGUUGGGAUUAUGAGGGGGCUCCAUCGUACGAGAAAGAAGUGUAUGAUCCGAACAACCAGAAUCCUGACCGCAAUGACAGUGGUGAAUACAGUGCCGGUGACAUCAACGCAAAUGCUUCGGCGCACACGGAACCAGCGGACCAGGGUAUGCAGGACAUUGGUCCGGAUGCUGCUGAAUGUGCGGAAGCAGGAAUCCUCGCCAUGCUGCCCUUGUUGGUCACACUUCCGUGGAACCCGGAACCGUUCUACCCGGAAAAUGCGAACCAAGCAGCGGGUGGCGAAUACUAUGAGUAUGCCGAUCAGUACAGUGAUCAAGAGGUCGAAUCCAUUACCGAUGAGCAGGCUUCCGUCCUGUCGGAUAGUGACGCACCCGAACAUCUCGCUGACGGUGGUGUGCAGCAGGAAGCCGCACCUGAUGACGCGCAAAACCUGGCGCAGGAGGACGGCAAGGAAGACUGUGCUGGUGCGGUCGGUGACGCUGAACCCCAACCUGGCUGGAAGGAUCGCAAUGACAUCCCGGCACCCAUCCCGACCACAAGCCGCCUGCUUCCACCACUACCCCCACUGGGCAAAGUGCCCGAGUUUUAUCUGGACAGUGACUGCUCGGGCGGAGUCAGUGAGGACUCUUCUGAGGACAACGAUGACUAAGAGCUAGCAUUCGCUGGUGCAGGGUGUGAAAGCCGUCCGGACGUGAUGCUGCCCGCAGGAGAAGCCGCAUACAUACUGGCAACGAGAAGUUCGUGAUGUAGUCACACUCCAGGGAUCCGUUCAACGUGCAGUACACGUCUGAGGCUGAGCGCCAUUUUUGUAAAAUAAUUUAAAAUCGAUAACCAUAUAUUUUGUUUGAUUUCUAACAGUCCUAUGUUAUUGUUUGAUCUUGCACGUCAAGAUACCUUUAUUCUUCAUAUUAUUUUGUUGAUGUAAGAGUUGUAUCAUAUAAACUAGAAUUAAGACGAGAAAAGCCACAAAAGUCAAUUUAGCAGCACAGUAAAAAUUUGGACACAGAACAUCAAAAUUGAAAUAGCUACCCACAAUAGGCAGAUGAGAAGCUCCCAAACCAAAAACCAUGUAAAGCGGGCGUAAAAUUCAAUUCAAAAUUCCAAAAAAAUCAAUACGAAAAAACCAAAAUUCGGCAUAAACCUUUCGGCAGGGGCGGUAAAUCAUUGACGCAAAUAAAGAAACACUCUAAAUUGGCAAA